AGAUGAUCAGCGCCAUUUUAAACAAGAAAGCAAAAAAGUUAAAGACAACCUUUCAAAAUGAGCGGCCUUCCAAGAGAGAUUUUAAAAUGGAUACAAAGUUUAGACCUUACUCAUACAGUAAGGAAUACCAGAAGGGAUUUCUCCAACGGAUACCUUGUGGCAGAGAUAUUCUCGUGGUAUUUUCCUCAGGAGGUGACAAUGCACUCUUAUGAAAAUGGAACAUCGCUCAAAACAAAGCUAGGAAAUUGGGAACAACUUCAACGAUUCUUUUUGAACCAAGGAUUUGAUAUACCAAAAGACAUCGUAGAAGGAACAAUUCACUGCAAGCCAAGGGCGGCUGCCAUGUUGAUAGAGAAAGUCUACACUAUCCUCACAAAUAGAAGUGUCAAGGUUACAGUGAUUGAGGAUGAACCAGACUUUAGUGACAGGAGAUACCAGACUCAGCUACCAGCUCAUGCUAGAUCUACUGCUUCAAUGGCAAUAAAAAACAACUUGGCAAACACUGAAUUAGUUACAGAUCCAGAUCGAAUACUUUGUCAACAAAAGGCUCAGUCCAUUAUCAAUAACCAUAUCGAGCACAGGAGACAAGAAAGGACUGAUGAUCCAAAACGGUUUGGAAUAAGACCAACUCUGGGUGAACUUUGUCCAAGACUCGCACCAAGACAAAACAUUGAUCACAAAAAAUACAAAGAUAAAGAAGAAUUGGUUAACCAGAUGUUAGAGGAAGACUCCAGCAUGACAAAGGAUCCAUCACAACAAUUUACUGAGAUCCAAGUCAAUCAGUUACCAGGCAAUAACAUGUACCCAUCAAUGCACAACAGUGCUUUCUACUCUACAGUACGCUAAAUAUUCCUGAAUAAUUCCAAGACUGUUGAAGCAUCCGCAUUGUCUUUACUAAAUCAAAAUAAGAACUAUUUCAUCAUAUUUCCCAUAGCUUUUGGGUAUACACGAUGAGCAUUGUUUCUGCUCCUAAUUGCCAAACAUUAAAGAUCAGUGUCUUGGUGAAUAAUGUUCAGGUUCUAAUGCAUUUUCUACACAACAGAGAAAGCAUGUCUGCUUAAAAUAAUGUUCAAACAGAGGCCACACAAUUCAAAUCAUUUUAUUCUAAUAAAAAUUAUUUUAUUUCUA